ACAACUCUAUUCACCCCCCCUCUAGAGUUGCACAUUUGUUUAACAGUUGGUAUCGGAGCAGGAAGUUCUUCGAAUGCAUUAUUUUUCAGGAACUAAAAGAUCAAAUGGCAUCAACGAUGUUCAACGCAGGAGUGACCGAGGGACAAUCAACCACAAGGCCACCGUUGUUUGACGGAACCAACUAUUCUUAUUGGAAGGAGAGGAUGAGGAUCUUCAUCCAACCUAAUGACUGCAAAUUGUGGUUGAUAGUCAAGAACGGGUGUGGAGUCCCGAUGAAGAAAGUCGGUGAAGUCAACGUCCCCAAAACCGAAGAGGAGUUCACCGACGAAGAAUGCAAAAAGAUGGAGCUCAACGCAAAGGCAAUAAACAUGAUUUAUUGCGGUGUUAAUGCGGAUGACUACCGCAAAAUCUCGCGGUGUGAAACCGCAAAACAAAUGUGGAAGAAAUUGGAGGUCACCUACGAAGGAACCGCACAGGUUCGGGAGGCCAAAAUCGACCAUCUCACCCACGAGUACAAACUCUUCUCAAUGAAGGAAAACGAGAAGAUUGAGGAAAUGUUUGAGAGGUUCUCUAACAUCAUUAAUCCUCUCAAUCUUCUCGGGAAGACAUACACCGACCGAGAACUUGUAAGAAAGGUGCUACGAAGCUUAUCCCUAAAAUGGCAUUCAAAGGUGGACGCAAUUGAAGAAGGUCGUGACUUCCAAACAACGACCUAUGAUGCUCUUCGAGGUAAUCUCAUUACCUACGAAACCACUCAACUCUCAAAGGUGGUUGAAGAGAAGAGCAAGAGGUCUAUUGCUCUGCCCGCAACAACAUCAUCCCACAACAACAUUGAUGAUGAAGAUGAUGACAGCGACGACACCGACCUCGGACUCUUCGUCCGAAAAUUCAAGAAGAUGAUGUUCAAGAGGGGAUCCAAGAAGAACACUCCACCCAAGUGCUAUGGGUGUGGUGAAAUUGGACACAUCAAACCAAUGUGUCCAAAGCUCAAGAAUGAGAAGGACAAGAGGGCACCAAAGAAGCAACGUGCGUACAUUUCUUGGGAGAACGACGGCUCCAGGAGUGAAGACUCGGAAACGGAGGAAGUGGCCAACCUAUGUCUCAUGGCCAUUGAGGAUGGUGAAACAUCAAAAGAGAAGAACUUGUAGGAAUGUUCAAAAAGGCUUCCAAAGAAAAUAAUGAAGUUAAACAAAAAAUCCUGAUUUUUGAAAAAGAUGUAAAAGAACUCAAAAAUAUAAAUGAUAAACUUAAACAAGAAAUUAUCUCUUUUGGAAAAAGGCCACAAGAACCUUCAUCUACGUCUUUUACAUGCUCUAGUUGUACAUCACUAAAAGCUAAGGUUGCUAGUUUAGAAAGCAAAUUGGGAAAGUUUAAUAAUGCUUCAAACACCUU